AUGUCACAAACAAAAAUAAAAUUUACAAAGUUACAAUUUGAAAGUAACAAAUGCAAAUUGUACAACGGCAACAAGGAAUUAUUGAAAGAACCAAAAAGGGUAUAUGAAAUUCUAGAAAAGAAGUGUUCCUCUUACACAGACUUAAUUGUUGUACUGUCAAUCUUCGUUAUAUUUUUUGUGUUGAUCUUGCUAUGCGGUUUAGUCUAUAGACACAGGUGGACAUUACGAUUCAUGUAUUAUAUGACAAAGAAUAAAUAUCAAAAUUCCUCACGAAAAAAGUGCGAUGACGAGGAGUACGAAUACGAUACUUUUAUCUCAUAUGAAGAGGAAGAUGCAGUUUUUGUACAUAAUCAUCUUCUUUCAAAUUUAGAAGAAGAUGCAAAAUUGAAAUUGUGUAUCCACAAGAGAGAUUUUCAACCAGGUAAGGAUAUUGCCGCAAACAUUACUUCUGGAAUUCACAAUAGUCGAAAUGUGGUUGCAGUAUUAUCUCAGACCUAUCUUGAUUCAUACUGGUGUAUGUUUGAAUAUAAUAUGGCACGAAUGGAGAGCAUAUAUUCAAGAAAUUGCGAAAAUAUGUUUAUCCUUGUUUCUCUUGUUGACUUGUCAGCAAUUAAUUUGCCUUUAUGUGUUAUUGAAAAAGUACAUAAGCAGUCGUACAUUGAGUAUCCUAAUGAUCCAUUAGGUAACAUUUUAUUCUGGCAUAAAUUGAAGGAGGUGCUGAAAUAA